UACCUAUCUAGAUUCUACUAUCUACUAUUAGGUAGUAUCUAGUACAGUUAGUACCUAGUAGUAGUAGUACAAGCCCCUCAACAAAUCAAAAUGGCUACCUACCUAGUACCCCAGUUGUCGGUGAGAAAAAGAAAGCCCCAAGCUAGAACCCAUAUGGGCUGCUGCCACCACAUGCAGCAGACCUCUUAAACCAUUUUUACCACUCACCACCUAGAAAUAUUCUGCCAAAACCCUUACCUCAUGAAUUCAAAGUCCCCCUCCACCAUGGGGACACGAAUGGUCUUAUGACUAUGAACUCGAUUCCCGACCGCGACCGUGACUAACGAACGUAACUAACGAACGUAACACUACCCGACUUCUUUUUAAAGGCGUCUACUAUAGUUUGAUUAUAGUUAGAUUUGCUAUUGUUUUCAUUGGCCUCGCCACUUGGACACUUGACCUCUGACCUCCUAAAAUAUCCCGGACCCUUUUCCUAUUCACCUACCUACCCGACUUACCUCCUACCUACCUACUUAAUCUACUUAUAACAUCUGGCUCUCUCUUCCCCACGGUACGCCAAUGUUCUGCACAGCAUGUCCUUCUUGUCGAUCCUAGCCUACUUCCUCGGGGGUUAUGCUGCCCUCGUCAUUGCUUUGUACAUGCUUUCCGUCAUCAUUCCUAUAGCGGGCUUCGUUGCUCGUUCGCUCGCCGCAUACAUCUCGAUAAUAAUUGCCUCUUUCUACGGCGUUUUGGCGUCGAUAGUACUAAGAAUCCUUGGUCGCGAACAGAUCUCGCAAUGGACCACAGCCCGCGCUUUCAAAUAUGUCAUGGCUGUCACCAUCGGCGUCACUUUCGAGGUUGACGACCCUAAGCGACAUCUCCAAAAUAUUCGGCCAGCCGUAUUCAUCGGGAACCACCAGACCGAGUUAGAUGUUCUCAUGCUUGGAUGCAUGUUUCCUAAAUACUGCAGUGUGACUGCCAAGAAAGCGUUAAAGAACAUACCGUUCCUGGGAUGGUUCAUGGUAUUAAGUGGGACUAUCUUUAUCGACAGAAAAAACACAAAGGACGCAAGAGAGGCGAUGGCUGGUGCCGCUGCGGAAAUUCAAAAGCGAAGGCAGAGUGUUUAUAUGUUCCCCGAAGGCACACGUAGUUAUGCCAAGGAGCCUGGCCUUCUACCGUUUAAGAAGGGCGCAUUCCACCUCGCAGUGCAGGCCGGAGUGCCUAUCGUCCCGGUGGUAGUUGCCAACUAUUCACAUGUACUCCACAUCAAGGACUUCAUAUUUAAAUCUGGGAAAAUUCCCAUCAAAGUCCUAGAUCCGAUUUCUACGACGGGACUGAAAGCCGAGGACGUUGACGAACUUACUCGCAGUACUCGAGAGCUCAUGCUUAGGGAAAUCGUAGCGUUGACGGAGAAAGCUCAGAACAGACCUCUUGCGGUGCCUGCUACGAGUGGUGAUGGUGUCGUCCAUGCCAGUGGGGUUGACGCAACGUUAUCAUGACGAGGGGGCACCGCUCGUGAGAGUUUUGUAGUUUAGAGUGUUCAUAUCUGCUUCAUUCCCAACGCAGGAGCUGGUGGCAGAUGCUUUCGGGGUUCUGGAAGACAUGGCUUAGAGACGAGUGCAAAAUGCAUUUGAUACCCAUAUAGACUAGAUCAUGCGGUUGAUUGUGCAUCUGGGGAGGGUCGUGCUAUUGUGUUAGUUACACUGGAGAGGUUCUAACAAGAUCAGACAUCACACAGCAAACCAGAUUUUGAAGGCCUCCAACUUUAGUGUCUGGAUGUGUCGUUGGAAGCAUUUCGAAGCCUGGAGUCGAAGUGUAGGUUGGGUGGUCACUUGAGAGCAUGUUGCAUUUGCGUUGUGUUAGACUAAAUACCUGGCCUUUGGUACCAUUUAGCAGUUCGUUCGCUGCUCGACGAAUAAAAUACCUGGUUGAAGCAUAGUAUUAGAAGC